AUGGCAGCUAAAGCUGAUCCUACAAAGCAAGGAUGGGAGGAAUCGGAGUUUCCGAUCUUAUGCGAAACUUGUCUGGGUAACAACCCAUACGUGAGAAUGACAAAACAAGUGUAUGGCAAGGAAUGUAAAGUCUGUACUCGUCCAUUCACAGUCUUCCGCUGGAUGCCAGGCAGUGGAAUGCGAUACAAGAAAACAGAAAUCUGCCAAACCUGCGCUAAACUAAAAAACGUCUGCCAAACGUGUUUGCUUGAUCUACAUUAUAAUCUCCCAGUACAAGUUCGAGAUACAGCACUUGGCAUUGCCAAUGAUGCACCUAGAUCAGAAAUUAAUCGAGAGUAUUUUGCACAGAACGUCGAAGGAAGGAUAACGAACGGUGACAGUCUUAUAUCUUACCAUAAAGCCGAUUCGGCCGGGAAGGAGCUAUUAAAAAGAUUGGCGAGAACCGAGCCAUAUUAUAAAAGAAAUAGGCCACAUAUAUGUUCAUUUUUCGUCAAAGGUACAUGUAAGCGUGGAGAUGAAUGUCCGUACAGACAUGAAGUGCCAGAAGAGAAUGAACUUUCGCAUCAAAAUAUCAAAGAUCGAUAUUAUGGAACUAAUGACCCUGUUGCAAAGAAGAUAUUGAAUAGGUUCAAAGGCGGCUCAUCGAACAAUAAUGUUGAACCUCCCGAGGAUAAAACCAUUACUUCAUUGUUUAUAACGGGCAUUGAAGAGGACAUUACAGAGACAGAUCUCAGAGGCCACUUUUAUGCGUUUGGAGAGAUAAAGUCCGUAGUGGUGGUUCACAAGUCCCAUUGUGCAUUUAUAAAUUAUGCAACGAGAGCAGCAGCAGAAUUAGCCAUCGAUCGAUCGGUGAACAACCUCAUCCUCAAAGGCCAUCCUCUACGAAUCGCUUGGGGCCGUCCGCGCCCCACUGGACCAAAGGCAGAAGUACAAGCAACAAUGCAGACAACAGAGCCGUUAGUGUUGCCACCAUUGGAGAGCUUGGAAAUACCUGCUCCACCUGGUGCUGAGAGCAGUACUGACAGUAAUAUUGUGUAUCCUAGUCAAGAUCCUACAUAUCAAGGCUCUGUAAGCAAGGGUUAA